GAGGAAGCUGUGAAAAAGGGAGCGGACCGUUAUGUCCCUGUUUGUUUAACCUAGCUUCACAAUUUUCAUUUCUUCUUUUUUCAGGAGACAAUAUUGUGACAAGAGCAUAUUUACCAAAGUAUGUUUUUUCCAGCUUUAUUUGUUUUUGUCUGCAGCAAUGUCUCGGUGGGCCACGUUGCGUUAAGUAUCUUUUCUUAUUUUUGUCGUCUAUAAAUACAUCGGCACUGGAUUGCGUUUACGUGUCACAUGUAUGUUGCUUGUCACGUCUACGUUAUAAAGUCUAUUUUUUUGACAAUGUCACGAAAUUAAAAUCAUUGUCUUUUUUUUUUCUCGACGGUUAUGAAAAAAAAUGUCCACCCUAUCCCCAUUUUUCACCGCUCGGUAGCAGCUAUGCUCAUCAGAAAAAGGCUAAUCUAUUAGCUCUUUGCCAUUAUGGGCACCGCAUCCUCUUUGGUCAGCCCAGGAGAGGUGAUCGAGGAUGGAUACGGCGGUGAGGGAGGGGAAGCCUGUGAGAUACCCGUUGAAGUCAAGCCCAAAGCCCGUCUCCUUCGCAGCUCCUUCCGCCGCGGACCUCGGGUUAUUGGGGCCAGUUUCAAAUCCACGGGCUCCGUGGACCUGGAGUAUGCUGCAGAGUAUGAGAGACUCCGAAAGGAGUAUGAAAUCUUUCGCGUCAGCAAGAAUAACGAGAUCACAUCCAUGCAGAAGAAGGAGGCCAAGCUUGACGAGGAGAACAAGAGGCUAAGAGCUGAGCUGCAGGCUCUUCAGAAAACCUACCAGAAGAUUCUCAGAGAGAAGGAGGCUGCCCUUGAGGCAAAGUACCAAGCUAUGGAAAGGGCUGCCACCUUUGAACAUGACAGGGACAAGGUGAAACGGCAGUUUAAGAUUUUCCGUGAGACAAAAGAGAAAGAGAUACAAGAUCUGCUGCGUGCAAAGAGGGAUCUGGAGGCCAAAUUGCAGCAGCUGCAGACUCAGGGUAUUCAUGUUUUUAGUCCAAUUGACUCUGAUUCAGAUGAUAACCAAACCACUGUGACUGCAGUUGGAACUCAGUGUGAAUACUGGACCGGUGGGGUGCUGGGAAGUGAACCUUCAAUGGGUAGCAUGAUGCAACUGCAGCAGACGUUCAGAGGACCGGAGUUUGCACACAGUUUAAUAGAUGUUGAAGGACCAUUUGCAAAUGUUAGCAGGGAUGACUGGGAUGCUGCAGUGGCCAGUCUACUUCAGGUGUCACCUCAUGUACCCCAGGCCUUAUGGAGUAACACCGUGCGCUGCUACCUAAUCGCCACACAAGACACCAAAACUGAGCUGGAUAUCUUUAUUAGGAAACACUCCUCUGUGUUGCGGAGAAUGUGUGAGGGUCUGGGACAUUUCUACCUAAACGUUUACUUUCCAGAGGAGAAUACCUCUUCAUAUGCAGCGUUGCGAAAGCAGGAGAUCGAGCGGAGUUCAGUGUGUCUUAUUCUUCUUAAAUCCACUGUCACAAGGUCUAUGACAGAGGAUUGUGACGAGGCCUUUGUUAAGAACCCGGAUGGUCACCCACUGGUGCUCUACCUUAGGACUGAAGAGGACAGCAGCUUGACUGGGCCUGUCAGGCAGCUGUUGGAAAGGGUCAAUGCAGCAGACAAGGCUGCCAAAGUCAAGGUGGUGGAUCACAGCGGCUCUGCUGAAGAAGGAGCUAAACUGAUUUUUGCUCAACUAGAAAAGAUCAUCAAGCAGGAAUUGUUGGGUUUGGAAGGAGCGGAUGAUGACUCCAAGCACUCUGCCAUAGAUGUUGGUCAGGAGGAGGAUUUGGGUGAUGUGCUUUGGGACCUCCACGACGAACAGGAGCAGAUUGAAUCCUACCAGCAGGCUUGCAGCAGCACCACCUCCCAUUUAGGCUUCCAAAAGUAUAUAGAUCGUUUAAACGACAUGAUAGCUGCCCCUCCGCCGACGCCGCCCCUACUGGUGUCCGGGGGUCCAGGUUCAGGAAAGUCUCUCUUGCUUUCCAAAUGGAUGGAGCUGCAGCAGAAGCAAUCCCCCAACACUUUGUUCCUUUAUCAUUUUGUCGGACGCCCCCUUUCCAUAAGCUCAGAGCCUGUUCUCAUUAUCAAACGCCUCACAGUCAAGCUGCUGCAGCACUUUUGGUCCAUCUCUGGUUUAUCCAUGGAUCCCAGUAAGAUUUUGGAAGAAUUUCCUCGCUGGUUGGAGAGACUGUCUGCUCGGCACCAAGGAAACAUCAUCAUCAUCAUUGACUCAAUUGACCAAAUACAGCAAGCAGAAAGGCACAUGAAGUGGUUGAUUGACCCUCUUCCUGUCAACGUCAGAGUGGUGGUGUCGGUUAAUGUAGAAACAUGUCCUCAGGCUUGGAGGUUGUGGCCUACCCUUCACUUGGACCCACUUAGUCCCAGAGAAGUUAAGAGUGUAGUCACUGGAGAGUGUCAGGCGACCGAUCUUAGACUCACCAAGGAUCAGGAGAAAAAGCUGGAAAGGCACUGUCGCUCUGCAUCGACAUGCAAUGCACUGUAUGUCACACUGUUGGCAAGGAUGAUUACCAGAUCUGGUGGGACCUUGGAGAAGAACCUGGAACAGUGUCUGCAGUGUCAGGACACCUUGUCUCUCUAUCGCCUGGCGCUAAGAAUGAUGUUAAAGUCCCUCAACUCGGAGCGAGAGAGGCACAUAAUGAAAGAGAUGCUGUGCCUUGUGUUUUCCAGCCACAAUGGAGUGAGUGAAUCAGAGGCAUUAGAUCUUUUCCCAGGGCUAGAGUGGCCAGCUCUGUCUUCUCUGCUCCACCACCUAAACAGACUCUGCAUUGUGACCCUCCGCUGUGGACUCAUCAGGUUUCAGCACUUGCAGGCUUGUGAAGCUGUGAGGCUGGAGUUCCUGGGUGGAGGAAGUGGCUGUGCCUCCUACAGGGAGAAACUAAUCCAUUACUUCAAUCAGCAGCUCAGCCAGGACUGCGUCACAUGGCGUGUUGCAGAUGAGCUUCCCUGGCUGCACCAGCAGCAGGAGGACAAAACUAAACUUCAGCUCAGUCUGUUGAACCUGUUUGUCUCCCAAAACCUGUACAAAAGGGGUCAUUUUUCUGAGUUGCUAGCCUACUGGCAGUAUGUGGGAAAAGACAAAAGCUCCAUGGCAACUGAAUACUUCGACUCCCUAAAACGAUACGAGAAGAGCUGCGAGAGUGAAGACAGUAUGACAAAGCUUGCAAACCUUUACGAGACUUUAGGUCGCUUUCUCAAAGACCUAGGUCUUCCAAGUCAGGCUGUUGCUCCUUUACAAAGGUCUCUUGAGAUCAGAGAGACAGCCCUGGACCCAGACCAUCCCAGUGUCGCUCGUUCGCUGCACCAGCUGGCUGGAGUUUAUGUCCAGUGGAAGAAGUAUGGGAAUGCUGAACAGCUGUACAAGCAAGCGCUUGAGAUAAGCGAGAAUGCCUACGGUGCUGAGCAUGUCACUGUGGCACAGGAGCUGGAGUCCAUUGCCAUGCUCUAUCAGAAACAAAACAAAUAUGAACAAGCUGAGAAACUCCGGAAAAGGUCAGUAAGAAUUCGUCAAAAGACGGCACGCCAAAAAGGUCACAUGUACGGUUUUACUUUGUUGAGGCGUAGAGCCCUCCAGCUAGAAGAGCUGACUCUGGGGAAGGACACUGCAGACUGUGCCAAGACGCUCAAUGAACUGGGAGUCCUUUACUACCUCCAAAACAACCUGGAUGCAGCCAAAGUGUUCCUGACCCGUUCCCUGGAGAUGCGCCAACGUGUCCUCGGUCCAGAUCACCCAGACUGCGCUCAGUCUCUCAACAACCUGGCUGCGCUCCACACAGAAAGGAGGGAGUACGAAACGGCAGAGGACAUGUAUGAGAGGGCGCUGGAGAUCCGCAGGAAAGCGCUGUCCUCAGACCACCCUUCUCUGGCGUACACUGUCAAACACCUGGCCAUGCUCUAUAAGCGCAGAGGUAAGCUGGAGAAGGCCGUUCCACUUUAUGAGCUUUCUCUGGAAAUCAGAGAAAAGAGUUUUGGCCCCAAACACCCAAGUGUGGCUACAGCACUGGUGAACCUCGCUGUCCUCUUCUGCCAACUGAAAAAACACAGUGAGGCCUUGCCACUUUAUGAAAGAGCACUGAAAGUCUACGAAGAUAGUUUGGGCCGCUCACAUCCACGGGUCGGAGAAACCCUGAAAAACCUGGCUGUGCUAAGUUAUGAGGAAGGUGACUUUGAGAGGGCGGCGGAGCUGUAUAAGUGUGCGAUGGAGAUUAAAGAAGCAGAGCCUUCGUUGGUGUGUGGCAACGCGCCGUCUCACCAUUCCUCCAGCGGAGACACGUUCAGUCUGAAGACACCUGCUCCUCUACCACAUGCUGCAAGGUGACUGUUUUCACUGGGAAUCACACCAGGAAAUUUCUCCAUAGAACAGAUGAAACUUCCAACCUUCAUCACGGAGGGUUAGAUGUAAUGAAUGUAAAGACACAAUCAGAUGGGAAUGCUCUGUGGAGGAGAAACCAACUUAUAUUCAAAGUGUUACAGUGAAGGGUUUCCUUCACCCAUGAACUUUUGAUUAACUUGGGAAAAAGUUACAGACACUUUAUUUUUUGUGUACAUUUAUUCAAAGCGUGAAAAACUACAAAAAGGCAACAGUGCUCAGCUUUCAAGGAGACACUAAAGAUACGUUUCCUUUAUGCUCCUUACAGAUACAGACCUCCAACCUCGGAUUUCAUUUAGCACCUUCUAGUCUUUUUAUCUGGGUAAAUUUCUCCAAAGACUUUAUAUCACAACAGUGUUAUAAAAAAAAAAAAUCUCAUUGCUGUGUGGAUUUGCUUUACAUCUCUAGAGAUGAUCUCUCAAGUUCUCCAAAUCUUUUAAAUUAGUUUUUUGUGAAGUUUUAAAUAACAACUGACCUCUGCAUUAUUUUUUCGCAUAAAAGAAACUGAAAAUGUGCCAAUAAACACUUAAGCAUGUAAGCUUUUGAUGCACUUUUAGUCAUGUUAUGAUAGUAAAGAGUAAACAACACUAAUGACCUCAGAAAACAAGAGUUUCUGGAGUAAAUUUCACUUCCCCACUGAAACCAAGAGGACCAUUUUAAAGUUUACAUAACGCUAAGCCUUCAUUUUUGUAUAAACUAAAGUACAUUUUUAGAGAGAAGAAUGUUUAUUGUAAUUUAUGUAUGUUAUUUACCUAAUCUUGCUUGAGUACAUUUAAAAUGGAACAUGAAAAGGACAAAGUUUUAAACAAAUCUCUAGUGAGUUUACAUUUUUCCCCCUAAUAAUGGUGUCACCCUUUUUGUACCAAAUAAACACACAAACUCUGGUAGAUCUAAUGAAAACCUAGAAAAGAUUAGAUUCCUAACAAAAACAUGUGUUCCACUUGAAUGUCUCAACUGUAACUAUAUAAUUUAAUAGUUUUUAUUGUAUCAAAAUUAUAAAAUGUUUUCUUUUUAUACAUUCAUGUGAAGUUGGUUUCAAUGUCUACAUAUCCCUGUUUUAAAUGCCAGGUUUGAGGAACUAAGAGAGUAAAAUGAUCAUUUUAUCAAUUUCCUUACCUUUGACUUCACUUCUCUUUUGAUCAACCAUCUUUUUAUCUUUGAUUAAAUUUCCUUAAAUAAUGGCAAUGACCAUUAGUCCAUGCAGACAUAGAGAAUAAAAGGUUUAGCUCAUGUUUAACACAGCCAGAAAUAUUUAAGAUGGUAAUCCUAAACGGAGAGUUGGAACUUCCUUUCGUUUAACUACAUUUACCUUUUAUUGAUUGUACAAGAUGAGUGAAGGCUGAACGUGAAACAGAAAUUAGUGUUACUUCUCCAUAUAACUAUAGAGAAUUAGUUUUAUUAAAUGUGGAAAAAAGUACAAAAAAUAUAUACAUCAGAUUAACCUGAUAUUUCAACCUUGGUGUGUGCAACUUUUUAUAUCCACUGUGUUCAUGUUGUAAAUCUGCACUGGA